UUUGUUGUGCUGAAGUGGACCAAUGGCAGUGAACGGACUCCACUGUCUGCGCUGUGAUUUGACCGCUAGUCCGAAAAACGGUGUGGCACAGGGGUGUGCAGAGUAAACCAAAGACCCUGUAUUGUGUCUGGGAUUCUCGGCCUCGGAUUAAAUCUAGAGCUUAUGUGUUGAAGAUGGAGAUUAGGCCUCUGUUGAUGUGCUUUGCUCUGUGCGCGGUCUACGCCACCAGCAAACCCACAGAGAAGAAGGACCGUGUCCACCAUGAUGCACCACUGAGCAGCAAGGAGCAUGACGACGACACAAACUUUGACUAUGACCACGAUGCCUUCCUUGGGGAGGAAGAAGCUAAGACGUUUGAUGACCUGACCCCAGAGGAAAGCAAGAAUAGGCUUGGUAAAAUUGUGGAUAAGAUCGAUGCGGACGAGGAUGGCUUCGUCACAGAGGCCGAGCUGAAAGCAUGGAUCAAAAAGGCUCAGAAGAAGUACAUCUAUGACAAUGUGGAAAGACAAUGGAAGGAUUUUGACAUGAAUAAUGAUGGCAUGAUCUCCUGGGACGAAUACAAGAAUGUCACAUAUGGCACCUACCUUGAUGAUCCUGAGUCUGAUGAUGGCUAUAACUACAAGCAGAUGAUGGCUAGAGAUGAACGGCGCUUCAAAAUGGCUGAUGGAAAUGGAGACCACAUCGCUGAUAAAGAGGAGUUCACUGCUUUCCUCCAUCCUGAGGAGUAUGAACAUAUGAAAGACAUUGUUGUGUUGGAAACUAUGGAGGAUAUUGAUAAGAAUGGUGAUGGUUUUAUCGAGCUGGAGGAGUAUAUUGGCGACAUGUACAACCAUGAGGAUGAAAUGGACGAGCCAGAAUGGGUGGCGACAGAGCGAGAGCAGUUUUCAGAGUUUAGAGACAAGAACAAGGAUGGGAAGAUGGACAAAGAUGAGACGAUGGACUGGAUCCUGCCGGCCGACUACGACCACGCAGAAGCCGAAGCCAAGCAUCUGGUGUACGAGUCUGACACGAACAAGGAUGGCAAACUCACCAAAGAGGAAAUACUCAACAAGUACGAUUUGUUUGUGGGAAGUCAAGCGACUGACUUUGGGGAGGCUUUAGUUCGACAUGAUGAGUUUUAAUUCUUUUUUUUCUAGUAUAAUAGAUAAUUACUUUUUAACUUGUUUUGGUAAAUGGAUAUAAUUUAUUUUAUAUUGCUUCACCAUAAUACAACAUUAAUUCCUCAGAUUUAGUUUUCCCUUUUUGCACACGGAAAUGCAUUCAUGAUGACACUACUUAAAGGGAUAGCUCACUCAAAAAUGAAAAUUCUGUCAUUAAUUACUCAGCCUCAUGAUGGGAAGGUCAGAGAGCUCACGGGAUGCAUUUAAAAAUAUCUUAAUUUGUGUUCUGAAGAUGAACGAAGGUCUUACGGGUUUGGGAUGACAGGAGGGUGAGGUAUUAAUGACAGAAUUUUCAUUUUUGGAUGAAGUAUCCCUUUUCAAUAACUGUUAAUAUUUGUUUUUUAAUGUGAAGCAGUUUAUUCAGAGCUAGAAUCAAGGCAGUUUUGCAUCUAUGAUCAGCUCCCCCUGCUGUUCACAGUCCUGCUCGUUAGAAUACCAUUAGUACAGAAUCUUCUCAGAUUGGCUUCUUCUGGGAGUUUAUACAAAUAGAUACAAAAAUACAUGUAUAUAUUCACAAUGUAUAUGUGAAUAUGUAUAUACUUUUUAUAAAUAUAAACUCACAUUUCUCUCCUGUGUGUAAUUGUCUUGGCACAAACAUUGAUUUUAGAGCCAUAGGUCAUGGUCCGCUCAAGGCAAUAUCUUGUCUACUUUCAAUAUUUAUUAGGAAAAAACCUCGGUUUAUUCAGUCACACGUUCAUCUAUUGAUAUUAAGAUGUUUGUUUUCUUAAAGACUCCCUGAUUUUGAUCUUUAAUAGACUUACUCUCAUUGUGCCUUUCGCUGAAUAUUUUAUUUGAUUUGGAUCUUUAGUUAGAGCUUUAUGGCUAAAACCUCAAUUGAUUUUGGUUUGUAGGGUCCAGUCGAACAUGUUACUGAAUAGUUUGUUGCUUUCAACUUUAUUAUUUGAAAUACACUAUCAGUUAUAUGAAGUUUGCAAUAUGUUUGCUAUGCUACGAACAUAGCAAUGUGGUCCAUUAGUUGUCUUUUGAAUGCAUUUUAUUUUUUGAUUUAAAAUGUUUUAGCACCCAGUGGUUUCAGGUGACUUCCUGCUGUUUCAGCACCUACAGACUGUAUCUUGACAACAACAAAUUGUCAAUAAAACAAAAUUAUGACUGAAAUUGUAA